AUGUGCAUGAUUAACAAUAAAAACUACGAAAAGCUCACUUCUUACCAAAAACACCAGGAUCUAAGUUUUCUAGAUGAGCAAAAGAAAAAAGAAAUUAAAAAUCUUUUAAGCAGAACAAAUUUCAAGGAUUUUGGAAAAGACACACCGUUUAAAAAUCUUAAAUUAUCAAAUAUAAAACCGAAAGAUCCUGUCAUGCAACUGUUCGAAAUUAAUCCUGGAAACUAUUAUGAAGACUUGAAGAAAAAAGUUCUCAAAAUGGUCAAUAUCCAGAGUCCUAAAGAUUUGGUGGCAUUAGUAUUUCAAGAAGAAUAUACAUGUUACCAAAGAUUCGAAAAUCUUGGGGAAACUCACUAUUACGAAUCGAAAUUGCUAUCAUUUUUAUCAUCUAAUUCACAAAAGCAGCUUGAUCAUGACCUUUCUGAAUUGAAAAGAACUUGGAAUUGUGAUGGCAAAUUUGAUGAAAAUGUUAUCUAUAUUUUGAAGAAGAAAUUUUUCAUUGAUAUAAAACAGAGCAAUUUUGUGCAGCAGCUGCUGAUUCUCUAUAUCAUUGAGCACCCAAACAGUUCUUUUAUUUGUCCAUAUGUCAGUGGGAUCUUUAAGGAUGUUAAGGAUGAAAUCUCAAAGCAACUUUCAUAUCUUAAAGAGUUGGAAACUGAUACAAAACCUAUUGGCCAUUUGCUCAGAUUCUCGAUGGAAAUUGUAAGUAAAGUCGAACUUUCUCCUGGAAUCAAGAUAUUUCUCAAUAUGCUGAACAAUACACUGAAUGAUUUCCUUAAGACAAACUCACAAAUGGAUGUAUUAUUAUCCUUGUUUAAGAUAUUGAAAAGUAAUAAUGUUUUCAACCAAAUUCACAAAAAUUUGGUCAGAAAGUUUGCUGAAAGAAUUCUGUAUGAUAUUUUCUAUGAUUUUCCUCCUAUCGGAAUAUUAGCAACCAUGUCAUAUGAGAAAGAUGAUGCAAUAUUCAAUGAAGCCAAAGAAAUCAUUAAAUUUGGACCUUUGUUCAGAUAUUUGAAAGCAAUGAAAAGCAACAUCAAUUUCGACAUGAAAGAAGAAUAUCAAAUGGAAAUUCUUUCAGAAGUUUUGAUCACAGUUUACAGAAAAAUCGGUGAACUUUGUAAGACAGAUCUCAUAUUCCCUAAUAUUUUCGACAUUGCAAAACCAAAGAUAUUACAAAAAGAAUCUCACCAGCCCUCUUCAUCUGAGUCGGAUUCUGAAACAUCAGGGUCCAAGAAAAAGAUCAAUAUCAAUGAAAACCUAUCAGAGAAUUUUUCAAAUCUACAAUUACGAGACUACAAAAUUCAAUCGGCAAUUUAUUCAACAGAUGGCAAUAAAGUUCUCAUUGAAUGGGCAACUUUUAAGUACUUUACUACCCUCUUGUUUAUUCGAGAUAACAUGGAACCUGGAUUCAUAAAUCUUCACAUUUUCGCAUGGCAUAAUUCAAGAGACAUCAAAUCUUCAAAAAUACUGAAUUUAUUCGAGGAUAUAUUAGUAAACUGCAAAGAUGGCAAACCAAUAAUAGAUGGUCUCCCUACAAUAAAGCAUGAAUAUGCAGCUUCUAUUAUUUUCAUCUAUUUACAAAGAUGGGUUUCAAUUUUUCCGAAAGAUUUUGCCAAACUCCAGGAUGACUCUGUUCUCACGGAAAUCUUCGAACAUAUCAAGGACUAUUUUAAUAUUGACGAAAUCAAAGAAAUUAUUGAAUCGGCUGUAAUAAAUUCAAAACGUAAAAAGCAUAUCCCGAAAGAAAAACUAGAGGAACGGAGCGAUGCAGAAUUUCUGAAUGAAGUCAAAAUUGAUGCAUUGAAGCAUACCCUUGCAUUUUCUGCCGAUUCAAUGACAGUUGCUAAGCAUAUCAUGUUCAAUCAGCUUUCUACCUAUAGAAACAUCAAUUGUCGAGAAUAUGUGAAUUGUAGCUGGACAAAAAAUAAGCAUGCACCACAUCUCAUUGAAAUCACCACCAAUUUCAAUCACCUAUCGCAGUACAUACAGUAUACUAUUGUCAACUUUACCAAGAAAGAUCCAAAAGCCACAGCAUUCAUUAUUGCUCAAUGGAUAUUAAUCAUGGAAAAAUGCCGAAUAAUCAAUAAUUUCCAAGGACUUUUCGUCAUUGAAUCAGCUCUUUCAUCUCCAUCAGUUGCAGGUCUCCAUAAAUGCUGGGAUGCAUUGAAUGAAAUAACAGUUCCGGGAAGUGACUUAAAGAUCAAAGAAAUCUAUGGUGCACUUUCGUUAAUUUGUUCUCCACUUCGAAAGUUCAAGAACUACAAGACUUUGCUCAUCAAUAUUGAUGAGAGUCUUGCCCUACCAUUUAUCGGUCCAUGGUUAACUGAUAUGGCAUUCAUUAAUGAUGGAAGCACAAGGUUCAAGAAUGUCGAAGGAAAUGAGUUAAUGAAUGUAACAAUGCAUAGGGCGUAUUGGAUGGUAUGCUUAUUUUUGAGGAAAGAUUGGGGAACAAAUUGUUCUUUCAAGAUUUCUAAACAAAUUCUCGAAAUAAUAAAGCAUAAGACUGAUACAGGUUACAGUCCAUCAGAUUUGCAAAAAAUGUCUCUUGAAUGUGAACCUAAAUAA